AUGGCUACAUCAUGGCGGUCCGGUUCCUCUUCCUCCUUCGCCUCGUCAGCUCUGAGCGCCCCGCCAUCCCAUGCCCAACAUGCCAGCCCCGUCGACUCGACCUUCACUCCUACCUCAGCCGCUAUUUCCGCCUUAACCACCGAGUCUUCGGCCCCACAAACACCCCCGGCGCCUCUCGACCUCGGGCCCCCUGGCUACCAUGCGACAAUAAAGUUAUUCGAGCGCACCCCGAAUGAGACGACCGUGUACCUCGGCCCCUGGGAGAUUGUAGGUGCCAGCCCACGGCGCUUGCUGUGGCAAUGCAGUUACGCGGGCGAGGUACUGGAGCAUUUCCUCCCUUCAGACAAUCCCAACGAGCUCUUCCCCCACACGCUCCAUGCUCAGCAUCGUCGAUUCGGCGAUCCGCGAGAAAUGGAGCUCUACCUAACCUUUCUUGAACCGCACCGGAUCCGGUACAUCACAAGAAACGGCAUCGUGCAUGAUGAAUACGUCGAAGUCAAGUAUGAGUUCACCACCAUCGAGGGCUCCAUUCAACUUCAGAGCGACAUCAGGACAAGAGACCUGGUUGAUUGGUUCGACGCUGACGUCGUCUGGUCCGACACGCACCGCAGGACCGACUCGUACGGCAACGUCAGGGGUUUGGGCACCAUCCAGAGGAUCAAGCUCUGGCGGGAUCGAUACUCGACAUUCCACUAUCUGACAUUCUAUGCUAACCAUCGCCGGCGCUGGAAAGAGUAUCUCCUCGACGACUUCGACACGGAACUGCGCCAGCGGGACGACCAACGCCGGCGAGUUCAGCUUAACGCACGCGGUGCCAGGAGAGGCAGCGCAUCCGAGAGCAGUUCAAAUCACGGUCACGGCCGCGAACGGCGCUUUUCCGCUACGUCAAUAUUUCGGUCCAGACACAGCAACGCAUCCUCCAACGGAAACGCUGCUGCCUCCUCCUCAUCAGCCCAAAACAACCUUGACAUACGUUAUCUCGGCAUCCAAUUCUCCAGGAACCCUAACAUCCAAGCUGGGAGUGAUGAUUACAACCGGUUCAUUCAGCGAUGGAAUGCUGCCCACGCUGCAGACGCCCAAUUCGAGGCCACGUUCCCGACAAAUCGUGUCGAACUGCCGUCACCUUACGUCAACGGCUACCACACGCGCGCCCCGCCCCAUGUGAAUGGGAUGGCUGAACUACCCUCGCCCGAGUUGCGUGGGACCCUUCCGCCGGUGGCCGAACCGGCCUAUGAUAUCGAUUCUGAUGAGACUCCAUGA